UGUCAAGCAAAAACCCAACCAAUGGGAUAGGAUGACAUGGGCAUGAAAGGAAAACGAGAAGAGACGUUGCGCAUACAAAUGUUUUGUGAAAAGCAAUAAUUGUGGUGGUGAAUUCAGUUGAUAGUAGUUACAGUACUUGAGGACUCCAUAUAAAGGCCUCACUAUGGGUGAACCACAGCAGGUGAGUGCCCUGCCUCCCCCUCCUAUGCAGUACAUCAAGGAGUACACGGACGAGAACAUCCGCAAGGGGCUCAUCCCCAAACCCCCUCCUCCCAUUCGAGACACCUACAUGAUGUUCGGCAACCAGUUCCAGUGUGACGACCUGAUCAUCCGACCGCUGGAGAGCCAGGGCAUUGAGCGGCUCCACCCCAUGCAGUUUCACCACAAACGGGAGCUCAAGAAGCUCAACAUGUCCAUCCUGGUGAAUUUCCUGGAUCUCCUGGACAUCCUGAUCAAGAGCCCUGGCAGUAUAAAGAGAGAGGAGAAGCUGGAGGACCUGAAGCUGCUGUUUGUCCACAUGCACCAUCUGAUCAAUGAGUACCGUCCGCACCAGGCCAGAGAGACCUUGAGGGUGAUGAUGGAAGUGCAGAAGAGACAGCGACUGGAGACUGCAGAGAGGUUCCAGAAACAUCUGGAGAGGGUGGUGGAGAUGAUCCAGGGGUGCCUGGCCUCACUGCCCCAUGACCUACCCCAGACUGAGGGCUUGAGUGGUGAUGGGGCGAGGGGUGUUGGGAUUGGCGGGGCGUUGGGGUUGGACGCCAGGCUAAAGACUGAACCCAUGGACGUGGAGGAGGCUGGGACUAGCUGUAUGGCUGUUGGGCCACAACAGGACAAAAGCACGGGUGGUGCUGCUAAGAAAGACAAAGUAUUGGACAAGGAUGCUGCCAUGUGUAGUAUUAUCGACGAGAUCGCCUGAGUCUUGUGUUUAGAGCUAGGGGUCUCUACAGCAGGGUGCAACGAUGAAGAACGUUCAGAUAUAAAAUUGUUCUGUAGAGCAAUGAUUGUCUGUGUUGAAUAGUGAAUUGACCACUCUGUUCAUUAUAUUUCUAUAUGCAACGUUCAGAAUCAAAAUGAUUCACCUUGCUGAAUAUAGGUUUUUCCUGGUCAUUAUGUUUGUUUCAUUGGUCUCGGUUGAAUUGUGUCGUAUGCUUAAUGUAGUUAUGAUCACAUACGCUGUCCGCAGUUAUAGUAUCUUUUCUUAAGUCAAAGCUUUACUGAAAUGAUGUGUCAUGGACUAUGAAGACACACCUUCCUUGAGUUGAGACAUUUGGGAUAUCAUUGGGGUUUAGAUGCUGCUAAAAUUCAUAAUUUGAUAAAGUUUUAAUAAAGUAAUUUCUAAGUCCUUAAACAAUU